AGUGGUUAAAGUUUUCGAAGCGGUGGCAGCAGCGGCGCUUGGGGGAAAGGAAGCCGGUUGGAGGGAGCCGCGCACCCCUGCUGCGCGGAGGAGGGGGCUGAGCUGAACUCAGCAGAGGUUACACGCACAAGCAGGCAAGAAUUCUGACGUUCUCAAGAGGCCAGCUCUGCCCCCGUUGCUCAACUGACCUUACCAUGUGGACUCUGCUCCUCCAGGUGGGAACUGGAGUUUUGAAAUAAAAUGGAUGAUUUGACAUUACUUGAUCUUCUGGAGUGCCCUGUGUGCUUUGAGAAGCUCGAUGUCACAGCCAAAGUCCUCCCUUGCCAGCACACCUUCUGCAAACCAUGUCUACAGAGGGUUUUCAAGGCCCACAAAGAGCUGCGGUGCCCCGAAUGCAGGACGCCUGUGUUUUGCAGCAUCGAGGCGCUGCCGGCCAACCUGCUGCUCGUGCGCCUUCUGGAUGGAGUGCGCUCAGGGCAGAGCUCCGGGAGAGGAGGCUCCUUCCGCAGGCCCGGCAUGAUGACCUUGCAGGAUGGCAGGAAAAACAGGACCAACCCCAGACGUCUGCAGGCCAGUCCUUUCCGGCUAGUGCCUAAUAUCAGAAUCCACAUGGAUGGGGUACCUCGAGCAAAGGCCUUAUGCAACUAUAGAGGGCAAAAUCCUGGUGACCUAAGGUUUAAUAAGGGAGAUGUCAUCCUUCUCCGGAGACAGCUUGAUGAGAAUUGGUACCAGGGGGAAAUCAAUGGCAUCAGUGGGAUCUUCCCAGCCAGCUCCGUGGAAGUCAUCAAGCAGCUGCCCCAGCCACCCCCGCUCUGCAGGGCCCUCUACAACUUUGACCUACGAGGCAAGGACAAGAGUGAGAACCAGGAUUGCCUGACCUUCCUCAAGGAUGAUAUCAUCACUGUGAUCAGCCGAGUGGAUGAGAACUGGGCAGAAGGCAAGUUAGGAGAUAAAGUAGGCAUCUUCCCUAUCUUGUUUGUAGAGCCAAACCUCACCGCAAGACACCUUCUAGAGAAGAACAAAGGUCGCCAGUCAUCCCGCACAAAAAACCUGUCCCUGGUGUCCUCAUCCUCCAGAGGCAACACAUCUACCCUCCGUAGGGGCCCAGGGUCCAGGAGGAAGGGGCCGGGGCAAUUUUCCAUCACAACAGCCUUGAACACUCUCAACCGGAUGGUCCAUUCUCCUUCAGGACGCCAUAUGGUAGAGAUCAGCACCCCAGUGCUUAUCAGCUCCAGCAACCCCUCUGUGAUCACCCAGCCCGUGGAGAAAGCAGACAUUCCUUCCAGCUCAGCGGGACAGGUCAGCACUUAUCACCCCGCACCUGUCUCUCCGGGACACUGCACAGCCAUGGUCGGUCUGCCUGGCUCCCAGCAACACCUCUCAGCAAACAUGUUUGUAGCCCUGCACUCCUACUCAGCCCAUGGACCCGAUGAGCUGGACCUGCAAAAGGGAGAAGGUGUCAGGGUCCUGGGGAAGUGCCAGGACGGCUGGCUCAGGGGCGUCUCCUUGGUCACCGGGCGAGUCGGCAUCUUCCCAAACAAUUACGUCAUCCCCAUUUUCAGAAAGACCUCUAGUUUUCCAGACUCCCGGAGCCCUGGUCUUUACGCUACAUGGACGUUAUCCACCUCCUCUGUGUCCUCCCAAGGCAGCAUUUCAGAAGGUGAUCCCCGGCAAAGCCGUCCAUUCAAAUCCGUCUUUGUGCCCACUGCCAUAGUCAACCCCGUGAAGAGCACAGCCGGCCCUGGGACUUUAGGACAAGGGUCUCUUCGGAAAGGGCGGAGCAGCAUGAGAAAGAGUAAGUGGUGGCAGAGAGAUGGAUCCCUGCAGAGACCCAUCCAGUCCGGGAUCCCCACUCUCGUGGUAGGCUCCCUCAGACGCAGCCCCACCAUGGUUGUUCGGCCUCAGCAGUUCCAAUUCUACCAGCCACAGGGGGUCCCCUCCUCCCCCUCGACCAUGGUGGUGGACAUGGGGUCCAAGUCUGCCCUCACGGGGGAGCCCGCCCUCACGUGCAUCAGCAGGGGCAGCGAGGCCCGGAUCCACUCGGCAGCCAGCUCCCUCAUCAUGGAAGACAAGGAAAUCCCCAUCAAGAGUGAGCCUCUGCCAAAACCACCUGCAUCUGCCCCACCAUCCAUCCUGGUGAAACCAGAAAACUCAAGAAAUGGCAUCGAAAAGCAAGUCAAAACCGUGAGAUUUCAGAAUUACAGCCCUCCUCCCACCAAACAUUACACCUCCCAUCCCACCUCCGGAAAGCCUGAACAGCCGGCCACCCUCAAGGCGUCCCAGCCUGAAGCAGCGUCCCUGGGCCCAGAGAUGACCGUCCUAUUUGCCCACCGAAGCGGCUGCCACUCCGGACAGCAGACAGACCUCCGGAGAAAGUCAGCUCUUGGCAAGGCCACAACCCUGCUGUCCACUGCCUCAGCCACGCAGACCGUGUUUCCCAGCAAAUGAACCUACGGGUGGCUUUUCCUAGACCCCAAAGAGAGUCUGCUUUGGUCAUCUUCCCAGGACGAGUUCCUGACAACUGGGAAGCAGAAGACAGCAAACGAUCUGCCGGGAUGGAAACUGCUCAAUAGAGAGUUUGUGGACUGCAUGAUAUUCCUUGAACAUCAGGGAUGGUACAGGGAUACCAAUAGUCUGGCCUCCAAGACAGCAGAGUAAUAGGAGGAAGAGCAAAUCUGUCUUCACCCACAGUAUUAAUGGGUAGUGGGCCAGAAUGGAGAAAAGCAAGUGAGUCAUGUGCUGCUACAGGUUACACCAGACUCCCAUCCCUCUGUUACUCACUGCUGUUGUCAAAGCCAAACUUUAUCUUGCUAAUUUCUCACAGCUUGGCACCUAACAAAUGACAAGACAGGACAUCCAAUGCCUUCCAGCUCUGUGGUCUGGCCUGUCUCUCCAGAUCAGAUUUAGAGUGAUGCAGCAGAUGACAUCAUAUUCUCUUUGGUGUUCAAUCCGAAGAGGCCAAUGCUUCAGCACAAUGUCCCCUAGCCAUCACCCCAGCCCGAAUCCCCACCAAGCAACCUGCAGCCCUCUGCCACAUCUUCAUUCUUUUCCAUUCUGUCUUUUCCCCCUGAUACUUUCUGACCCCAGGGAUUUCUAAUAGAACAUAGUGAUCAAGGAAAUAAAGACUUGGUACAUAAAGA